AUGGGCGACCUCGUCGACUCCAUGCUCGACCUCAUGCGGCGGCUGCCGCCUACGCAAGUCGAGGAGAACGUCGCCUCGCUCGUCGCCAUGUGUCCGGACUACGCGGACGACCUCCUCGGCAGCGUCGACCAGCCGCUGAAAGUGUUGACAGACCGCGCGACAGGGCGCGAGUACCUCGCAUGUGAUUACAACCGCGAUGGGGAGAGCUACCGUUCACCAUGGUCAAAUGAGUACGACCCGCCACUAGAAGACGGCACCGUGCCUUCUCUGAAGCUACGCAAACUCGAGAUCACCGCCAACGAGGCGUUCGACACCUACCGCGAGAUGUACUACGAAGGCGGCGUCUCUUCCGUAUUUCUGUGGGACCUCGAUGACGGCGGCUUCGCGGGCGUCGUGCUCCUCAAGAAAGUACUGAAUGCCACUGCACCCGGCGAGCCCUCCGGCUCCUGGGACUCCAUCCACGUCUUCGAGGCCGCGGAGCGCGGGCGCCAGGCGCACUACAAGCUCACCUCGACGGUUAUGCUGCAGAUGACCGACCGCGCGGGCGAGAAGCGCGCGGGCGAGGUCGUGCUCAGCGGGAGCAUGACGCGGCAGAGCGAGGCGGACUUCCCGCUGCAGGACCAGACGUCGCACAUCUCGAACACGGGGCGCAUGGUCGAGGAGAUGGAGAUCAAGAUGCGGAACCAGCUGCAGGAGGUGUACUUUGGCAAGACGCGCGACAUUGUGUUCGACCUGCGCAGCAUCGAUGACCUGGAGAAGGCACGACGGCAGAGGGAACUGCAGAAAGAGUUGGUCGGGUUCAUAAAGCGGUGA